UGUCGGGCGGCAGGUCGCUAGCGGUGCCUGAGAGAAGGAACUGAGUGCCGCUCGGUCCGCGCCAUGCCGUCCCAAUGAUGGCGGUGCGGGCUCCACGUUAUGGCCGAGCGCCGUCCAUGCUUGCGAGCGGCCCCAUCUUCAGGCCUCGAGAGCACGGCUUCUGCUGCGUGUGAGACACCUGCUGCGUCCCGCCGGAGCCAGGCGGUCCCGAGGCCGUUCGCUGCUCUCCAGCUUCCUCGGCCCCGCCACCUGCUGCGGCUGGCCCUCGCGGCUCCCCUCGGCCCACGCCCCUCGGCUGGCCCCUCCACGACGCCCUUGCUGGCCCUGCUGGCGACCCUCCUGGCGGCGGCGGCGCCCUCCCUCGCAGUGCUGGUGUCAGGUGUGGCUCUCGUCGUGGUCGUGGAUGUGUUUACGGACGCAGAGGCGAGCCUCCGGCGGCGUGUGACCUCCCUGCUGACCUGUGUUGGUGUGGCGUUGUUCGCCCAGUGGGCGCUGCGGGCGUGCUGCUCGCUCCUGACCUGUGUGCUGCUGUCCCUCCCGAACCCUCGCUCGGCGUCCAAAGCAGCAGGCUCCUCUCUCCUCCCUGGACCUGUAUGUGCUGACCAGCAGCGUCUUGAACCGCCCACAGAGAUCCUGGUCCUGUGGGUGGCGCUGCAGGUGGCAAGUGCGCGCACAAGACCACGGGCGUUGGGUAGCGCGGGCACCCUCGUCGGGCCCUCGGCCGCGCGCCCGUUCCUGUCCCACCUGUUGGGCGGCGUCUGUGCCCUGGUAGGCGGGCCCCGUCGGCCGUCUCCUAACACCACCAUCAACGCACACACGUGUCGCGACGGGCGUGUGCCGGAUCUGAGUAGCCGGAGUUGCGACGGAAGCGCCAGCAGCGUGGCGUCCCCGCAGCAUCCCGUCAAGAUGAGGAGGACAUCGCUCCCCGCCAUCUCCGUGCAGCGGCCAACGUCGUCCCAGUCGUGUGGGGGCGGGGUGGCGACCACCGUGGACGGCGCCCUGCUGUCGGAGGCGCACGGACUGGUGGCCGACAUGCUGCAGGACCCCCACCUCCCGCCCUCCGUGGUGUCGGGGCUGCAGGCGCUCUACCUCCUGCUGGCGCCGGCCCCCAACACCGCGCCCUCGCCCCGCGGACCCCGGCCGACGCCCUACUUCCACCUCUCGCAGGACGCCUACGCCUCGGGGUCAGACACCGAGGAGAACCCGUACACGGGCGAGCGGCCGUCGAUACACAGGAGGAGCGGGCGGAAGAGCGUGGCACCGAGCCUUCUGCGGCGAAUGAGCACCUCCACCUGGACGACGACCACGAGUGCCACGGGAAUGCCAACCCUAGAGCCAACGCCGUGUCGGAAGAGGGCCUCGUCCUUCAGGGCUGUUGUGGAGCAGAAGGAGGAGGAAGAAGCCGUACCGGUAGUUCGACCCAAGUUCCCUAUGUCCUUACCUGUACCAGUACCUCUACCUGUUGCUGUACCCAUCGCUGUAUCCGAACCGAACACCAGCCGGUACAGCGAACCAAGGGAAGAUACAGAGGAUGAUAACGCAACAUACGUGACGCCCUGCGGGAGUCCCACACACGCCUGUUGCCUGGAAACGCAGACGCGCCUGGACCCGACCUGCUCCCCGAAGAACAGGUCCUACUCCACCACGGCCUUGUACCAGGGAGCGCCGCGGAAGCCCGCCAUCAGGGAGCGGCAGACGGUGUGCUCCCUGCACCCCCUGGGCGACUACGACGUGAACCACCUGGACCGCGUCGCCAGGGGCCUCCACGACGGCGCCAACUCGGAGAGCUCGACGGCCUACUCGGACCGGCUGACGCGCCUGCAGAAGCUGCCCAACCAGCACGUGUGCGAAGGGCUGUGCGAGGACUGCACCCGGGCGCAGAACGACGUCCCGGAGGCCCCCUUCACCACGCAGGAGGACCUGAGUCCCAUGUGCGAGUGUAACUGUAACGAGAAUAUCCGUGUUCAUGUGUGUGACUCCAUAGUGUCGAGUGCUAAACAGACAGAAACCCUUAACAAUGAUGCAAAUUCUGAUGCAACAAAUGCCAAUAUAGUGUACCAAAGACGUGCCCUGCGGGUCGCCACGUCGGACUACGAGAGCUCCGACUCCCCGUGCUCUAUAGAGGCCGGCGAGGAGGCGUCCGGAGCACCCCGGGGCAGGCUCGCGGGCGCGGCGGAGGUGGCGGCGGCCGUGAUGGAGGAGCGGGAGGAGGAGGAGGAGCAGGAGGAGGAAGAGGACACUGAGAACGAGGCCGAUGGAGGAAGUAAUAAAACUAAUAAGGUGCCCAAUGAUGCUGAUUCGGAGGUGAUUUCUCAUGGCGUCUUCGUGUUGCCAGAAGACGGAGCGAUCUUCGACCUCGACCUCCUUCAGGAUCACCCUCUCCUUAACCGGAUCUCGGAGUGGGAUUAUCCGAUUUUCGAUCUCCAGGAUAUGGCAAGCAACUUAAUACUCAGUCAGCUGUGUUAUCAAGUGUUUUCCGAAGUCGGGCUUUUUGAGACCUUCAAGAUCCCGACGAAGGAGUUCCUCAGCUACUUCCACGCUCUAGAACUCGGAUACAGAGAGAUCCCUUAUCACAACAGAACUCACGCAUCCGAUGUUCUGCACUCUGUCUACUACCUCACUUCCCAACCCAUUCCCGGCUUCAUCAUGCUGCCUCCUGAACCGGUCUCGCCAACGGACAAGCACGAUGAGGUCUGCGGCUCCCCCCGGCUGGUCCACCGUCAGAGCUUCACCGCCGAGGACACCUACGGCAUCCUGGGUGCCAAUCUACCUGCCUUGGAACUUAUGGCACUCUACACGGCCGCUGCCAUGCACGACUACGACCACCCCGGUCGUACGAAUGCCUUCCUUGUUACGACCAAUGCGCCGCAGGCGGUUCUGUACAAUGACCGCAGCGUCUUGGAGAACCACCACGCCGCCGCAGCCUGGUCCCUCUUCCUCUCGAAGCCUGAGUACAACUUCCUCACUCACUUGGACAGAGCUGAGUUCAAGCGCUUCAGGUUCCUGGUGAUCGAGGCUAUUCUGGCGACGGAUCUCAAGAGGCACUUUGAAAUACUGGCGGAAUUUAAUGCUAAGGCCAACGAACCCGACGCCCCGGGUUUAGACUGGAGCUCGGAGACGGACCGGCUACUCGCCCUCCAGAUGUGCAUCAAGCUCGCCGACAUCAACGGCCCUUGCAAGGCGCUCGACAUACACACGCAGUGGACGCGCAGAAUCGCCGAGGAAUUUUAUGAACAAGGUGACGAGGAGCAGUCCCUAGGCCUCCCCAUCUCGCCCUACAUGGACCGCACGAACCCCCAGCUCUCCAAGUUGCAAGAGUCCUUCAUCAACCAUCUCGUCGCCCCGCUCUGCAAUGCCUACGGGGAAGCGGGUCUGAUGCCGGGCGUGUGGCAAGACUCCUGCGAGGACGAGGACGCUGAACCCAAUCUCAAACUGGACGAGUUUCCUGACGAGGACGAAGACGAUCCUCCCACCAGCGAAUCGGACACGGCCACCCAGAACAGCGGACGCACACGCAAGAUCUUCUGCUUGCAAACGCAACAUUUGCAGGAGAACCAUCAACACUGGGUGAAUAAGAUUAAGGAGGAGCAGCGCCUGGACGAGCAGUCUGAGUCAGGCUCCGACGGCGAGGAGGCCGCGGCCGCCGUCGACGUGUCCCCUUGCAGCUACACCCCCCAGCCAAUGGUUCUACCGCUUAACGGAGACGAACCCAUGGAACCCAUUGAGGAGGAGAGAACCCCUGCUUCCAUGUCUUCAUCCCGCAGCUUCAGUUUUGAAAAAGAAGAUUCGAAACUUUGAUGCCCAGCCUGUGUCAUAGUCUAAAUAAGUAUCUUCCAUUAUAAUACAAAGCAGUGAGAAAUUUCAAAGAAAAAAAGGAACAUAAAUUGGUUUUCUAUAGACAUAGUGGAGCUGACCCUCCAUCCGCGUUACCCACCUUAGUUGAGGGCGACGUCCCAGGGAGCGACAGAGGAACUCCUCUGCUGGCGACGGCUCGGGUCUCUGUCUGGCACUGGACCCGCCGGCUCCCGCUGGGUGUUUGGCCUAUGGCACAGCCGAGACUUAUUCGCAGGGCAUGAAGCUCCACCUUUUGGGUUCCAGCGUUCUUUUGCAACCAAGCGUUAUCAUCAUUUGGCUGGGGGUUGAAUAUGUUCAGUCAGAGCUUUCUCCUUUAAUUGGGGGAGGGUGAAAAGAACGGCUUUCAUUCCCCUCCCCCCCCAUCGCAGUUUAUUGAGCUUGAGACCCGGGAGGCAGCGACGGGGUCUGGUACAGUAGGUGCUUCAAUAUGAUUUUUCACUUUGUGUAUCCGACGCGCCAAGAAAAGGGGGCGACUGGACACUGUGUGAUGCAAGAGACAACAUCUCCGCGAUUCGUCCCAACGGAAAGAGGCAACCAGAAGAUAAGGUGUCCAGCAAGACACUUUGCCAAGACGUUUCGGGGCCAGUUACUAAUCGUUUCCCGCGUGUCCGAGGGAGCGUGGAAAGGCAACGGCAGAGAGACGGAGCUGCACACUUGCUCGUCUCUCUCAGGGAAC